AUCUAAAAUCCGUGCCCCUUUGCAAUUCUCCUCUGCACCACCGACUGACGAUUGCGACUCUGUCAUAAUUUUCCGCCAGUCUUGUGCUAAGUCGGCGUCACGGCGCUGUGUCUGCUACUACCACAAUGGCGCCAUCAAACCUGCAGGGCCUCAACAUCGUCCAGCCCGAGCCUCCGUCCAAUCCCUACGUAUCUGACGCCGAUUUGUUGGCGCAGUUGCCCCCUUUCGCAGAUUUCAAUGCGCAGCUUGAUCUUUGGACGGACUUAUCCUUCCAAUCCGACGAACCCAUAGUCCCGAAAAACAGUAAGGGGGGAGCAGAGGGCACGAAAUACGGUGGGGAUGACUCCGAUAAGUACGAGGAGGAGGAGGGAGACACGAGCGUGGACGAGAAAAAUGGCCGGACUGUGUCGCCAAACAGCGCCGCACCUGCGACCAUCCAUGGAAGCGCGCCUCAGGCUCCUAGUAGCCUCGACGUUGCCCAAAUCCUGGCGGGUUUUGGUCUGACCGGCUUGGGCGUUCCGCCUCCGCCGACGGGCGCGACCGCUACUGGAGUACCCUCACUCGCUCAGCUACUGACCUUGUACGGCCAGUCAGCUGCUCCUUUCCCCGCCCAGCCCUUCCUCGCAUCACCAUCCGUGUCUCCGCCAGCCACGCAGACUACGCAAUCUCAGCUGCCUGUCGCCGAGCCAGCAACCAAACGUGCUCGUACCCGGAAGAUUUCCACCACCACCAUCACUUCCGAAACUGCCGAAUCGCCCCUCCCAGAUACAAGCACUCCGCUGACUGCUGCUGAGGAUAAGCGGCGACGGAAUACUGCCGCGUCCGCGCGGUUCCGCCUGAAGAAGAAGGAAAGGGAGCAAGCGUUGGAGAGGAAGGCAAAAGAGUUGGAGGUCCGUGUCACGGAACUUGAACGAGAGUGUGAGGGGUUGAGGCGAGAGAACGGCUGGCUAAAGGGCUUGGUCGUCGGCGUGACGGGCGCGCAACAGAAGCAGAAGGCUUCAUCGAGCCCGGUCGUUUCCGCGGGGUCGAAGAGAACGAGGGAGGAGGGAGAGGACGCUAGUCCUUGAAUUGACUUUGAAGAGGAUAUUUAAUGAAUGGUCACCGCGCUUGGGGCAAUCUUUAUUUCUUUCAUUUCGUCUUCUCGCCCUUUUUGAAUAUAGGGACGUCUUCUGCUAUUACUUCGGAGGCUAUGUAGGUAUUAUGCCGCGCACGCUGUAUUAUUUGUACGCCACUCCUUGUAUCAGCGAUCGUCCCGAUGUCUCCGCAAUAUGUUUGUACCGUCAUGGCACACAGUAUCUUCGUGAUUCCCUAUGUGCGUAAUGUGACACGUCUG